AUGCCUGUAAUAUCGAGACUUCCAUUCUCACGAAAUGAAGAAAUACAUAAUAUAUUGAAACCUAAGGAGAUCGCGUGUUAUUCUAGGACAUCAGAAAACAAAAUUCUGGUAGGUUCAGAUAGAAAUUUAAGAUAUUACUACUUUCCUGACAAUCAGUUAGAUGAUCCAAUUAGUUUAGCUGCAGGUCGUGGAAGUUUUCAGGAUUUUCGUUCUAAAAUUGAUGACGUUUGUUCCAUUCAUGGACUAUUAAAGGCAAUCCAAAAUAUUGAGGAGAAAAAGUGUUCAAAACUUAAGGUCAACAUAAUUACGUUCAGAGGGAUAUUUAGGAAAUUGAUAUCUGCACUUUUUGAUGGUGGUGGCCGAUAUCAGGAACCAUUGGAUUUAAGACUUGUUAUCUUUGACGACCAAAUAUUUAUCAAAGAGAUUCCGAAGAAGGAUGAAUAUAAAAAUGGUACUAUCGAUCUGAAUACAUUUACAGGAUACAAAUUUGAAAUAUUAACUACUCUAGAGGAACCAGUGAAUAUGUCUACUAGGGAUGAAAUUGAAUCUAGACCUUCAAAAAUAGUCAACAAUGGUGAUGAAUUUGUUUCUGUUGUGGGAACUGGUAUUGGGCAUUGUAGGAUGGUAUUAGGUGCAGAAGUUGAUGGCAUAUUUGAUUUUAAAGAGGAAGAAAACAAGAUUAAAAACAUAUCUCAUUAUGUCGAACUAAAGUGCUCAAAAGAUAUACGUUCUGAGAGGGAUGCCAAUAAUUUUGCUAAUAAAUUAUUUCGAACUUGGUUACAGUGCUUCCUAGUUGGGGUACCUAGGAUAAUAUACGGUUUCAGAGAUGCUGAUUAUAAAUUAAUAUCCAUCGAGGAGUAUUCUACUGAUAACAUCAUCUCGAUGCUUAGAAAAUACAAUCCACAACUAGCAGAAAACUGUUCCUGUGCAAUAGGAUGGUAUGGCAAGAUAACUGAAUGGUUAUUGACGAUACAGACGCGAUAUAGUCAAAAGGAAGCACCAGAGAGCAUAAUACCAUUUAAACUCACAGUUCAAGAUCAUGAAUUACAAUUGAUUGAUAUUGCAACAGAAGAUGAUGAGUAUGACCAGAUAGUCAAUGGUGGGAAUGUUCUUUCAAACGAGUUUAAAGAGUGGAGGAGAAGACUCCAUCAGCAGAACUUGUAA